AUUAUAUUUUUACACAGCGCACCAUGAUUUUUUUGUUUCUCUUCCCGUGCCAUAAACAUCCCCAUUUUAAGUGAAACCAUGUUGAACUUUUCUAAAAUAUUUCGAAUAGUCAGUCGAUACUCAUUACCAUCUGUAGUGUCAAAGAAUUUCACAUAUAAUUUAUGUCAAAGAUCAACACUUUCUUAUUGUUGUUUCAAGAAACUUCAAGGAAUUUCAGCUGAAAAGAAAUCUCAAGACACCUAUAGCUAUUCAAACUUAGUAACACUGUGUUGUCCAACAGUGGAAAGACAUUUUAGUACUACUGAUAACUUGCAAAAAAAGAGAAAAAAGAUUGAACAAGCAGACAAUUCAGAUUCAGAGACUGAUGACAACGAAGACUUGGAAGAAGAGUCAGAUGAAGAAUUUGAGUUAUAUGAAGAGGAUGAAGUAGCAACAACUGAAUUUGUAGAGAAAGAGGUUGUAGUGUCAGCCAUGAGGGUUGAUGCUUUGUUAGCCAAAUCUUUGGGAGAAAGUAGAACGAAAAUGGAUGAGGAGUUUUACACUAAGAAAUUAAGAGUAAACGGAGAAGUUUUCAAAAAUAAAAGUUCAAAGGUUGCCAUAGGAGAUUAUAUAGACAGAAUAGUGGGACAUAAGUUAGGACAUAAUACUGUGCAGCGUGUCCGUGUGUUAAAAAUAAAAGCAAAAAAAACAAAGAAAGGGAAUAGCAAAGUUAUCUGUAGAGUAUGGACCAGUCCAUUUACAAUUAAAUGACAUCUCUAGAGUCUGGACCAGUCCACGUACAAUUAAAUGACAAUAAUUUUACAUAGAAAUCUGGGAUUCAUACCUUAUAUAUUGGUCUCAGUUGAAAAAGAGUUUCAAAAACAUUGAAUUUUAUAGAAAGAAACUUGUCUAUGCUAUCUUUGUCUAAAUGUCAUGUCAGUGUUAUUUAAAUGAGAAAUUCUGUGAAA